GGGUGCGCGCUUUUAUUGCAAGACAGGACGAUGCGGCUCUCCCUGCGCAUCCUCUCCGAGCUCUCCCUCUGCGAACCGGGCUGCUCCCACCGAGUCCGCCCCCGCCUAAGACUCAUGAACUGAGAUUAUUCCGCGGGUGUUUUUGCACGACUGUCGGUGUCCUCGCUGCAGAAGGGGAGGCUUGCUCACCCAGGUCUGGAUCUUGUCAGAGGGGCGCAGCGCUGCAGUGGUUCCGGUUCGGCCAUGGCGCAGCCGAGGAAACUCGGAGAUCUUCGGGUUGGUUGAAGGACGCGUUGCGCAUUGGAUAAAGCAGGAGCUUCCAUACCUUUGCUGCGAGGAAACUAGGAAGCACGACUUUUUUUUUCCGCUUUAAUUCCCAUUUCAGUCCAUGUUAAAGUACAUUUUUGAACUCACUUGGCCCAGGACCUAAGGAGCAUCUUCCAGGCCCAGGGGGAGGUCCCUGAACCAUAGUUUGGUCACCACCCUACACAGCAUAGCCUGAUCCUCCCUUUUGGACCUGUUUAUUUUUUUUCUGCACCUGCAUCUUUUUGGAGAGGUGGCGUAAACAGAGCCAGCAGCAGACAUGAUGGAUGCUGCAGAGUGCGGGGUGAGGGUGAUGUGCCGCUUCAGGCCCCUGAACGAGUCCGAAAUAAUCCGAGGAGACAAAUACAUCCCCAAAUUCAAGGAGGACGACACGGUGGUCAUAACGGCUAAACCGUACGUGUUCGACCGAGUGCUGCCCCCCAACACGUCGCAGGAACAAGUGUAUGACCAGUGUGCCAAACAGAUUGUUAAAGGUACGAAGAAGUUUCAAAAUUCAUACUUUUCAAAGCAUUAGAAAAUCUGCUUAAUGUCCGCUAAUUGUGUUCAGGGCAAACUGCACGACCCCCAGCUGAUGGGAAUCAUCCCUCGCAUCGCCCACGACAUCUUCGACCACAUCUACUCCAUGGACGAGAACCUGGAGUUCCACAUCAAGGUUUCCUAUUUUGAAAUCUACUUGGACAAGAUCAGAGAUCUGCUGGACGUGUCGAAGACCAACCUCUCUGUGCAUGAAGACAAAAACAGAGUGCCCUAUGUCAAGGGGUGUACUGAGCGCUUUGUGUCGAGCCCAGAGGAGGUGAUGGACGUCAUCGAUGAGGGCAAAUCAAACCGCCAUGUGGCAGUGACUAACAUGAACGAGCACAGCUCUCGCAGCCACAGCAUCUUCCUCAUCAACAUCAAGCAGGAAAACAUGGAGACGGAGAAGAAGCUGUCGGGGAAGCUCUACCUGGUGGACCUGGCGGGCAGCGAGAAGGUCAGUAAGACGGGAGCGGAGGGAGCUGUGCUGGACGAGGCGAAGAACAUCAACAAAUCGCUGUCAGCGCUUGGAAACGUCAUUUCAGCUCUGGCUGAGGGAACAAAAACGCAUGUGCCGUACAGAGACAGUAAGAUGACUCGGAUCCUGCAGGACUCUCUGGGGGGAAACUGCCGCACCACCAUCAUCAUCUGCUGCUCGCCGUCUGUCUACAACGAGGCCGAAACCAAGUCAACGCUCAUGUUUGGACAGAGAGCCAAGACCAUCAAGAACACGGUGUCGGUGAACCUGGAGCUGACUGCCGAGGAGUGGAAGAAGAAAUAUGAGAAGGAGAAGGACAAGAACAAAAACCUGAAAACCAUCAUCCAGAGGCUGGAGGCUGAACUCAACCGCUGGAGGAACGGAGAGGACGUUCCUGAGGAGGAGCAGCUGAGCUCCAAAGAUCAGAAGAGCAUUGAGCCAAAUGACAACACUCCUAUCAUCGAUAACCUGCCGCAGGCUGGAGGAGGCGUCUCGGUCACCGGCGACGAGCGGAGCAAAUACGAGGAGGACAUCAGCACCCUGUACAAACAGCUGGAUGACAAGGAUGAUGAGAUCAACCAACACAGUCAGCUGGCUGAGAAACUCAAGGAGCAGAUGCUGGACCAAGAAGAGUUGCUGGCAUCUACGCGGCGCGACUACGACAAGAUCCAGGAGGAGCUGUGCCGGCUGCAAACGGAGAACGAGCUGGCCAAGGAGGAGGUGAAGGAGGUGCUGCAGGCGCUGGAGGAGCUCGCCGUCAACUACGACCAGAAGAGCCAAGAGGUGGAGGAGAGAGAUCAGACCAACCUGCAGCUGGCAGAGGAGCUGCAGCACAAGACGGCGUUGCUUAUAGCGGUGCAGAGGGAGCUGAGUCAGCUGCAGGAGCUGAACGGUCUGCAGAGAAAGAGAGCUACCGAGGUCCUGAACCUGCUGCUACGAGACCUCAGUGACAUCGGCGCCAUCAUCGGCACCAGUGAUGUCAAGACAGCUUCCUCAGAGUCAAAGGGGAACGGCUCAGCGGUGGAGGAGGAGUUCACCGUAGCUCGGCUCUACAUCAGCAAGAUGAAGUCUGAGGUCAAGUCUCUGGUGAACCGCAGCAAACAGCUGGAGAGCACGCAGGCCGACGCCCACAGAAAGAUUCAGGCCAAUGACAAGGAGCUGGCGUCCUGUCAGCUGCUCAUCUCCCAGCACCAGGCCAAGAUCAAGUCUCUGACGGACUACAUGCAGAACAUGGAGCAGAAGAAGAGGCAGCUGGAGGAGAGUCAGGACUCUUUGACCGAGGAGCUGGCCAAACUGCAGGCUCACGAAAAAAGACAUGAGAUGUCAGGAGAGGAGAAGGAGAAGGAGGACAUCGGCAGACAUGAUGGAGACGGGGACAUCAAGAAAACUCUGGAAGAGCAGCUGGAGAACCACCGGGAGGCUCACCAGAAGCAGCUCAGCCGCCUCAGAGAUGAGAUCGAAGACAAGCAGAGGAUGAUGGACGAGCUCACAGAUUUGAACCAGGGCCUGUUACUGGAGCAGGAGAGACUCAUGACAGAUUAUGACAAACUGAAAAAUGAAGAGCAGGAGAAAGAUGCAACACUACAGAAGCUCAUACUGCUGAAUGAUCAGAGGGAGCAGGCCAACGAGGAUCUGAAGGGCCUCCAGGACACUGUGGCCAAAGAGCUGCAGACUCUUCAUAACCUGCGCAAACUCUUCGUCCAGGACCUCACCACCCGGGUCAAGAAGAGUGCAGAGCUGGACUGUGAGGAGGUCGGAAACGUGGCUCAGAAACAGAAGAUCUCCUUCCUGGAGAACAACUUGGAACAGCUCACUAAGGUCCACAAGCAGCUGGUCCGAGACAACGCCGACCUCCGCUGUGAGCUGCCCAAGCUGGAGAAGCGUCUGCGAGCCACGGCGGAGCGAGUCAAAGCUCUGGAGAACGCCCUGAAGGAGGCCAAGGAGAACGCCAUGAGGGACCGCAAGCGCUACCAGCAGGAGGUGGACCGCAUCAAAGAAGCCGUGCGGGCCAAGAAUAUGACCAGGAGGGGCUACUCGGCACAGAUCGCAAAGCCCAUCAGGCCGGGACAUCACCCUCUGUCAUCGCCCAUCACCAGCUCCAUCAGAGCCGGAGGCGUCUACACCCACAACUAAAUCCACAUCAGCAAGUUAAACUGCAGACCAUUAAUGACUCUACGCAUGCCCAUUGCCUCACCUGGAAACCACAAGCCCCGCCCCUCCUGCUGGAGCACCAAUGGGAGGCCAUCACAACAGACUGUCAGCACUCAGAGAAGCAUACAUCCACGGUGUAAAUACUGUCAUGUGAACAUAUCUAAUUUGCUGAAUGUUGAUGUCAGAGGCCUCUUUUAAGAAAUGUUCUGCUUGAGGUCCUGAAUUAUGAUUUUAAGAACAAAUAUUUUAUCAACCAGUGUUUAAGAUUUUCCUGAUAACAAAUCAUUUCAUUUAUUCUGAUAAAGAUGUAUCCUGUUGGAUCAUGUCAAGUGACACAUUUAUAUAUGAGGCCUUGAGCUUCUGUGUGAGGGAGGAAGAUUUAUAAUAUGAAGGUUAGCCAGUGGGAUUUUAGAGCACUUUCUUUCUGGUCUUUCAAUGUUUAAGACUUUCAAGAGAUUGAAGAGCUGAGGUCGAGCUUUAGAUUAUAUAUUUUUUCUUUAACCAGCAUUUAUUGAUUUAAAGAAACAGCAAAGAUAUCCUGCAAAGAGUAGGUUGAGAAAACUGAUAAGCUUAGCCCUGGGAACAGGGUGAAACAGCUAGCCUGGCGCUGUCAUAACGUGAAACGUAAUCUGCUCACUAGCAUCUCUUAACCUCUCUGUUUUAUUCUGCCGGGACGUCUCUGUACCUGGACAAGAAAUAGCCCAGCACAUAACCCCCAAUAAACCAGAACUUUGAUUUUAUAACUGGAGGGUUGGAUCUGUUUCACCUUUGGAUCGAGUCACUUCAGCAGUUUCCAGUCCUAAUGCUAAGCUAAGCUAACCAGAUGUAGCUUUCUUUGUAGCACACAGACAGCAGAGUCGUAUCAACCAUCGCGUCUGACUCUAAACAAAAUAAGCUGACAUGAAUAUUUCCACAAAUGUCAAACUGUUCACUUUUUUAACCGUCAGUGUCACAGCAGCUGAAGCCCUUGAGUUCCUCACCUGUUUGCAGACUUUGAGCCAACAAAAACACGGCUGCAACGAUAUCAUAUUUAACGUUUUUCUCACUUUUUAGAUAUUCAUGCAGUUCACUUUGUUCGUCUUCCUUUAGGUGACAAUCAUCCAAAAACAAACACUUUAAAUCUUCAUAAAUAAACACGCCACCUGCAGAGAUAUUGUUCAGUAGGAGGCAGAAUGUAAUGAAUGUCCCGAUUAAUUACGGUAUGUAUUAUUUGAAUGAAUAGAAUGUAUAAUGCUGCUGUAAAGACAGGAUAACUGUGUCUUUACUGUAGUCCUACAGGGACACUGACUAGCCAAUCAGGUGAUCCCAGGACUCAGAGGACAGUAGGAGUGAGGUUCAGGAGCAUGAAGAGCGUUUUUCACAAAUCUCCUUUUAAAUCUGCAAUCACUCUGUAAAGCUCCUGAUCAGCCAAUCAGAGACCUUAAAAACACAGCUGGUGACAGAAGAAGGAAUUCCCCUUGAAUUAGAAGUUAUCAGAUUAAAUUCUAUUGACCAAUCAUAGAAGAGUCUGUUUUUCACUCUGCCACACCUCGUGCCUUCAGAAUAACAGACUUCCUUUUGUUCAGCAUCCUCAGAGACAUUUCUAUCAAAUACUAACGGAUCAAAAUGUUACCCUUGAAUCAAAGAUAUACGUACGACGUGUCUGUGCUGCUUUCCUUUGUGCUGCCACUUGAGCAUGUUUCUGAAUGCACAAUAUUAUCUCCUUUAUUGAUGAAAGCUGUGAUACAAACGGCAACUAAAUGUUGCCAAAGAAUAUCACGUCUGAGGCUGACGAUUCUGUGUUUCUGCGUUUGUUUUUUUGGGCUGUUUGGAGCGUGCAGGACGGCUGAUGUAUUCAUGAAUGUAUCUGCAUGGACUCGAGCUUGUGUUCACAGCAUGCUCAUGGGGGGGGAGAUAAGGAGGAAUUUUCUGGGCUUUGACCUCAUCCGAUGUACAUUUUGCAUUUUGUUAUUUUAGUUUUUUUGGCUGUUGAAUCAUAACUCUUAAUAUAUGUACGACUGAUGCAAUUAAAGCAAAUAAAAAUAAAUCUAUUUAACUUUCA